AAAGAAAAACAUCCUUGUACUCGAAUUUCUUGCGGAAGAAGUAGCUUUUCGUCCUUACGUAGAAGUGAGGAAGCCCUGUCCAUAGAUUUUCUUCAAAAGCAUUUACAGAUUUGUUCAGCAGAGAGACACGGACAAGAGAGGGAUCUCCACGAUAAUCUUCAGUCCAGCCAUAACUCAAAAUGUCUAGGAGAUAUGAUAGUCGAACAACAAUCUUCUCCCCUGAAGGUCGUCUUUUCCAAGUUGAAUAUGCAAUGGAGGCCAUUGGCAAUGCAGGUGCUGCAAUUGGAAUAUUAUCAAAAGAUGGGGUUGUCUUGGUUGGUGAAAAAAAGGUUACUUCCAAACUUCUGCAAACCUCAGGUUCCACUGAGAAGAUGUACAAGAUUGAUGAUCAUGUUGCAUGUGCUGUGGCUGGAAUAAUGUCUGAUGCCAAUAUCCUAACUAACACAGCUAGGGUCCAAGCCCAACGCUACACGUUUGCUUACCAAGAGCCCAUGCCGGUCGAGCAGCUAGUUCAAUCCCUUUGUGAUACUAAGCAAGGGUACACUCAAUUUGGAGGUCUCCGGCCUUUUGGUGUUUCAUUUCUAUUUGCAGGAUGGGACAAGAAUCUUGGUUUUCAGUUGUAUAUGAGCGACCCUAGUGGGAACUACGGAGGUUGGAAAGCUGCAGCAAUUGGUGCGAACAACCAGGCAGCACAAUCAAUGCUUAAACAGGAUUACAAGGAUGAUAUCACAAGGGAAGGGGCAGUCGAGCUUGCACUGAAGGUGCUCAGUAAAACCAUGGACAGCACGAGUCUUAGUUCAGAUAAGCUUGAAUUAGCUGAGCUUUUCCUCUCACCUUCCGGCACUGUUAAGUAUCAAGUUUCAUCGCCCGAGUCUCUGACAAAGUUGCUGGUGAAGUUUGGAGUGAACCAACCUACCACUGAAGAUUCCUAAAGCCAUGUUAUUAUGUACUGUUUCAUAAGAAAAAGAUGUUAUCUGAUUUCAGUUUCUUUUCUUAAUGUCUUUGGUAGUAGAUUGGAACCAAUGGAGCCUGUUUUUUUCAGAUAAAAAUGAUCACAUUUGGUAAUGUUAAUUUUCUUCUCUGCAGUUGAUAU